UCUAGGCUUGACAAAUUUUCAAACUCGAUUUUAACGAAGUCAUAUAAACAAAUUGUAUUCUACAUUUUCGACUUGCUUGUUCACGUAGAAUCAUAAAAGUAACAUUCAACAUUUAGAAACAUUCCGUGCCAACUAUUUAACUAUACCUCUUGAUUGUUAGAACACUUUAUAUAACGAUAUAAAUAAUGUUAAAAAAUAUAUAAGUUAAAUAGAUGUAUAAUAAAUAGAAAAAAUGUAAACCUUAUCUUUAAAUAUUUACUCUUUAAAAUUGGUCCACACAUAUACACAAACAAUCUUAUAACACACGGUGAAAGUAGACAAAUCGUUCUACUUAUAAGUUUAUGAAAGAAAGGCUAAAUUUGCAUUCUUUACAUAGAUGUCUGAUAACUUUUCUUUUUCUUCAAUUUCUAAUACAUAAAGAACUUAUCAUUUUUACUUACUUACGAUCACCUAACCUAAGAUAAUUUGCUAAAAAAUAAUAUAAUAUACGCGAGAAAUUUUGAGGAAAGAACUGGAAAUACAAUAUAUUAACGUCAAUAGUACUUUGUGUUUACGUUUUGUAAUUCAUCUAUUAUAAUUUGAUAAAGUAAAAUAAAUCUACUUUAAUUAACUUAUUUCUAUUAUUGUUAUUACUGAUAAUGGCACAAAUAAAUCAAAGCAUAUGUUUAACAUUACCUAAAAGUAUAACAAAACAAAUUAGUACAUGUGAAAAUAGUGAACAAUAUAUCACGAAUUUUCUACAAAAUGCAUUGCCUUCCUCUGAUACUGGUUCGGUAGCAGAUGAGUUAAGAAAGUCACUAAUAUUUGCUAAGCAUAAACAUAAAUGGAACAAGAAAAAGCGAUGUCAAGGAAAGUUAUUAACUAAUAGGAAACGAAUGCAGCUUGGUUUACGUAAGAUUAGUUGCAAAAGUGAUAUGAAAUAUACAGCCUUAUUACCAUUAAAUCAGUUAUGGCUAAAUUAUGUGGAACAAGUACUUGGCCCCAAGUUUUUUAAUAAUAUUCCAAAAGAUUCUACAGAUCCAAAUUGGGAAAAUGUUAAUCAACAGUUAAUUAAAGCAGAUUUUCAUGGUGCUGAAAUUUCCAUUGUUGGAUCAAAAUGUCCUAGUCUAGUUGGAUUAAGUGGCAUUGUAGUUCAAGAUACAAAAAAUAUUUUCAGAAUUUGUGGAAGAGAUAAUAUUAUGCGAACAAUACCUAAAGAUAAUGUUAUUAUAAAUAUUUAUUUAAAAAAUAUAAAAUUGGAGUUCUUUGGAAAAGAUCUUUCUAUAAGGCCUACCGAACGAACAAUAAAAAAGUUUAAAUGUGGACGUAUAUACGAACUAUAGUGAAAUCUGUUAUAAUUUUUGUAAAGUUAGAAAUAAACAUCCUUUUUAAUAUGUA